AUGUUUGAUCAGUUGAUUGAAUGCCUGGAUAAGCAUCCCAGCAUCCAGACCUUUGGAUUCAGGAUAUACGACACGUCACAUCAACAUCUAAACAGAGUGCUAGACUAUCUUUAUGGACCUGAUUGUCGUGUGGCCAACCUUGAGACAUGUCUGAUGCCUCAGACUGAGUCGUCAUCGAUCAGACGAGACAGCAUCAAGUCUCUGGCCAUCUCCAUACCCUGGAACUCGAUUGAUCAUUUCGAGAGCGAUUCAUUCUCAACAUCAGUGAAGAGAUUUGAUACGAUGGAUAGAGUACUCGAUCAUAUUACAAUAGUGAUUGAAGAUGGUAGUCGAUGGGAUCGCGACAAGUGUAGAUCAUACUCUUUGGAUAUGGAUCAGGACAGAAAUGGCGAGCAAUAUCCAGUUGAAGAGGAUAUCGACCUCUUGAUCCAUGCAUUGGAGAACAAUGACAAGCUAACAAAGUUCACAUUCCCAUACUCUUGGCGCACUAACAUGAUGGAUCGAUCAUUACUUAAUAGAUUGAUAAAAUGUAUUAAUGAUCAUCCAACCAUUCAGAACACCUUUCCACAUUUGGUAGUCUGA